AUGAAGUUCACUGGUUUUACCCUUUCUCUAGCUCUGACCAGCAUGGUCUCUGCUGCGGCUAUCCCUGCCCUUCCUGGCACCGACGGCGUUGUCGGUGGUCUCGAGGGUGCUGCCGAGGGUAUUGUCGCUGGUGUUGCUGGCGGCCACCUCAGGCGCCAACUUGAGGUCGUCCAGCCCGUCACUGAAGGUGUGGCAAGCUCCCUGAACGGAGGCACCGGCAUUGUUGGCAGUGCUGUUGGUACAGUUGAGAGUACUGGCCAGGGCGCCGUGGGUACCGCCGAAUCCACCGUUUCUGGCACUUUGGGCGGUGUCAAGCGUCAGCUGGCUGCGGUUCAGCCCGUCACCGAAGGUGUUGCUAGUUCAUUGAACGGCCGCACUGGCAUCGUUGGGAGCGCUGUUGGAACUGCCGAGAGCACCGGGCAAGGUGCCGUUCGUACUGCCGAGAGCACAGUUGGUGGUGUUAGACAUGUCAAGCGCCAACUCGAGGUCGCCCAGCCCGUCACUGAGGGCGUUGCCAGCUCGUUGAACGGCGGUACUGGCAUUGUUGGCAGUGCUGUUGGUACGGCUGAGAGCACUGGUCAGGGUGCAGUUGGUACUGUUGAGAGCUUCGUCGCCGGUGUUGGAUCUGCUGCCAAGCGCCAGCUGGGUAAUCUCCCCGCAACUGCUUCUCAGACCGGUACCGAUCUCCUUGCGGGCCUCUCUGGCAACCCCAGUGGCAUCUACGGCGCUCUCGCCAACCUCCAGAUGCUCGUCAACGCUGGCGAGAUCUCUCCCAGUGACAUCUCAAACAUGCCUGCUGCUGUCCAGCGUGUCAUUGCCAACCUUGCCGUCGCAUAA